UAUUCUAACAAACAUGCCGCAUUUAUUUCAGUGUCCGACAUAACAGUAACAAGAACAUCCUUCUCCACAACGACAUCGACAACGACCACAACUUACACUACGACCUCUUCAACGACUGUUUCUGCAACAACAACCACGACUGUCACCAGCUCGACGACAGCCACCUCGACAUCGACUCGGAAGCUUACAGCCGUCAUACCAUGGAAAGCGACAAGCUCCUCAUCUACGGUGAUUGUUACCUCCACAAUUGUGUAUGAUACACCAGUGCAGGUUGUGUUUGAAGACCUGAGCUUUACGGCUGACGAAAUCGUAUGUGAAGGUCUUGCCGAAGUGCCUAUGGAAGGAACUACUGCUAGCUCUAACGCUUUCCUUUUUACUACUUCCACACCGACGAUAGCUAUUCCAGCAACCGCACACGUGAUGUGCAUGCCGUCUACUACAUCAUUUGAUUAGUCAAAAGAAGCAUUUCUAGAACAUUUUUGAGAACUUCUACAAGUAAUUAAGAUACAUUUACUUAAUGAAGGAGUUAAGUUUACUGACACAUUUAUUCGCUUCUGUCAAUAUAGACAACCGUUAAUGGCCGUGUACCUGUAAGAGAAGAUCACAGGAAAAGAAAAGACAAAUGGGUGAUGUUUGUUUAAAAAUGACAAUGCACGCCUUGAUAAAACGAAAAAUUAUGCAUAUGUUCAAUAAUAAAAUAAUGUAGAAAUUAAGCCAAGGCGGUUACCAGUAAGAUUUUUAUAUUCAGACGACAAUUUAGUGUUAUACAAGCCAAGAAAAAAAAAGAGGAAAAAUAAAGCAUCGAAAUUUCAUAUAGUUUUACCAUGUGGUGCUUUUUAAUGCUGCUAGACACGUAUGAAUUUAUUUACAUUUACUCCAAAAUUCACGCACGAAUCAAUGACAGACACUCUCAAAAUGCUAAAGCGCAAUGAUUUCAUAAAUAAUGUAAUAAGCCCUUAUUUUUAUACUUUUCAAAAUGUUUUAAAGAAAACAAACACGCACCGCGCAGGUAAAUUCGCUUUUAUUGUGUAAUUUUAGUUUGAAGUGGGCAAUGUGUAUUUGAUUUUUUAACAAUCGCCCGAAAAUAUUUUUAAGCUUACUGAUAUCUGUUAAAUAGGUGGGUUCUUUUCUGCACAACAAAUGUUUUUGGGGUAUUGUGUAUUUCUUAAGUUCAUUAGACCUGAGCCUUUGAAUACGAAAUUCCUGAAUUAUUUUUUGAAAUUAUUAAUAAGAAUGGUACAAAUAGCGGUCUUCAGUAUGUAGCAGCUAAUUAAUAUGUUGGUACAAAAUGGGCGCAGACAAAUGCAGUAGAAUACUUCUUAAAUUUUCAUUACUCUAUUUUCAACAUGCAUAAAGGUAUGUUUCUAUGACAGGCUUGUUAUUUGAAACCUUGAUGUAUAACAUUAACCUUUAUCCCUGGUGAAUAAAAGUAUAAAACAUCGUAAA